AUGACGGUUCCCGUGGAAGACCCCUCGGAGGCGGACCUACCCUUCUCGGAGCGAAUCAAGCAGGUGUUUUGGCAGUUUUUGCCACUUGGCGUCGUCGCCUACGGCGGGCCCACUGCCCACAUCGCCCUGCUGCACGAACGGUUCGUGGACAAGUCCAAGUGGCUCAGCGAGGAGCAGUUCGUGGAGCUCAUGGCGGUGGGGCAAGGGCUGCCCGGUCCCACUUCCACGCAGAUGGUGGUUUCGAUGGGAGCGUACCGAGCGGGCAUUCCAGGAGGUUUGCUGUCCUUUGCGCUUUGGAACAUUCCGAGCUUCAUCGUGCUUACGCUUGCCGGGUUGGGCGUGAAGGAGCUGCUGGGCGACGACGACCCUGAUUGGCUGUCUGGGCUGGGUCCCGCCGCCAUCUCCCUCGUCUUCGUGGCGGCGUACAAGCUAGGGAAAAAGGUGAACAAGUCGCCGCUCAAGUUUUCGCUGUCGCUGGUGUCGGCCUGCGUGACGUUGCUCAUCAACGGGGACGAGGACAUCAACCCGAACGUGUCCGCGUGGGUGUUUCCGCUGAUGCUCGUCUGCGGGGGGCUGGUGAUGCUGGCGGACUCCAAGGCGGAGCUGGCGCUCGAGGGCAAGACGUACUCUCGGAUCAACAUCCCCAUGUGGCUGGGUGGUGCGAUUGCCGUCGGUUGGGCCACGAUCCUCGUGGUCUCCAUCUCAGCCUUCCCGGGGUCCGGGCUGGGUGGUCUCUUCAAGGCCUUCUUCAGGAUCGGUUCCAUCAUCUACGGGGGCGGGCAGGUGGUGCUGCCGAUGCUGGUUGACGAGGUCGUGGACCCCGGGUGGCUCACGGAGAAGCAAUUCUACCAAGGCUUUGCCCUCGUACAGGCGUUGCCAGGACCGCUGUUCAACCUGUCGGCCUACCUAGGAGCGGUGUACCGAGGAGUGCCGGGGGCGUUUGUCGGAUGGUUGGGUCUCUUCGGCCCCGGAGUGUCGCUCAUCUUCGGAUUCCUCCCGUUCUGGGGAACGAUCCGCAAAGUCGCUUGGUUCAAGAUUUUCUUGCAGGGCGUCAACUCGACGGCGAUAGGACUGGUGGUGGCGGCGUGUGUGUUGCUGUGGGGUGCCGCCAUCGACUCUUACGCGGAUGCGAUCGUGGCGGUUGUAGCUGGCUGCAUGCAGGCGUUCUUGGGUUUCCAGGCCCCGUGGUGCAUUCUUGCCGGCGGCGUGCUUGGCUUCCUUUUGAGCGACACCUUGGCAUCUCUAGGGCAGGCGCCAUUUUUCCCUAUCGAGGGGUAGCUUUACCGUCCUCUCCCUGUUUCUCUUAUCUUUUUUCUCUUCCUCUCUAUGUGAGUGUUGCUUUUUGCUGAGGGUAUCUCUGUUUUUUUCCGUCUUCGUCUCAUCUCGAAGGAUAGAGUGAAAGGAGGCACAUUGUUGGUGCAGGGGAAGGGGGGGGGGGAUUUAAGCCUCGGCCUCCCCGCACACGCUUUGAACUGGGAUUUAGAGUGAAUCUUUGCGCCGAGGGGGGCCGGCGUGCAUGGGGUCUGUCUAUUUUGGGGUGUGGGGUUGGAGACGACCGACCGCUGCUGGUGUUGUUUUACCUUGGUAUACGUUUGUGGUUCAUGAACGGUGGUGAACGGGAUGCUGUAAGGUUGGUUAUACAUAGCCGGCCCCUUCAAUCGGAGGUUCGUUGAGUUUUUUACUUCGCGAUGCGUGUAUGUAAGAUGCUUCGUGCUUCUGCACAGCUUUCCUACGUGAAAUGGUAUUUACUGUAUUAGGUGGUCUCAAUUCCAGGAGGAACGGCUUUGCGAAUUCUAACGCGAGGUUGUAACUUCCUUGUAUCGAGACAAAACAAAGUUACACAAACUGCUCCACUGUUUCGUGUCUUUUCGUUGGUAUACUGUAGAUGUGACGGUGAUAACUGGUACUCGGUGGGUAGCGGCCUUUUUUGGUUCACGCGCACUCACGUUUGGGUGUUGGAUUUUCGGAGCGCGCGUGAUCGUACAACCGACCAAGCAGAAGGGAAGGUAGUCACCGUAUUUUAUUUGGUUUAAGUAAAACAUAAAAUGCGCCCUCCCCAGUCAUUAUUGCCUUGGAAUGAUUUGGUGAUGAGCUGGUGCACCACGCUAUCCAGCCGUGUCUCUUUGCGGGAGUAGACUCGGUAUUUUGAGAACACCGACUUGUUGUCGUUUUGCUGUGAUGGUCUCUCUCCUCCUCUCUCUCCAAGAGCGCGCCGUUGCUAUUGUUGUCGUCGUCUGUGUGUUGUGUUGUCUCUCGUUGGUAUUGGAAAACGCCUCUUUGUCUUUCCCAAGCGAAUGCUGAAGGGGAGGAACCCAAGCGCUAGUUCUCCGCCCCACGAGUCUUCUAGUGUAGGGACGGAGUUAGGGGAGGAACCCAAGCGCUAGUUCUCCGCCCCACGAGUCUUCUAGUGUAGGGACGGAGUUACUAGAAGGCACACGUAUCAUGCUUAGUUGGCUU